UGCUCUCUGGCUCCUAGGUUCUAAUAACAAGGUUACUUGCUCCUAGCUCUUCCUGGUUCUCUUCUUCCUUAUCCCUUAAUAUACCCUCUCUGUCGUUUGCAAUAUCGAAUCCAACAAAAUACAUGGAUCUAUCUACACUGUUGCUAGCUGUUCUCUUCAUCGCAGGCCUCAUUAAUAUUUUCUUUUACGUACCCACCACCAAGAUUGGUGCGUGGCUUCAAACUUUCUUAUUCCCCAACAACAAUGCUUGCAACAAAACCAAAACCAACUUAGUUCCUUCUUCCUCUUCUUCACCAACGACCAAGGUGGAGAGUACUGGUUCCCAAAAGAAGAAGGAGGAGCUUAGAAAAGUGUUCUCCACUUUCGACAAAAACGGCGACGGAUUCAUAACGAAGCAGGAGCUGAGGGAGUCCCUGAGGAACAUCAGAAUCUUCAUGACAGAACAAGAGGUCGAUGAUAUUGUUGUCAAGUACGAUUCCAACGGGGACGGGUUGAUCGAUUUUGAAGAGUUUUGCUUGUUGACUAGUGAGUGUGUAGGAGUGGAUCAUGAGAAAGAGGGUGAUGGUGUUAUUGAAAAUGAAGAGGUUGAUUUGAAGGAGGCUUUUGAUGUGUUUGAUAAAGAUAAUGAUGGGCUUAUUUCGGUGGAGGAGUUGGCUUUGGUGCUUACUUCGUUGGGACUAAGGGAAGGGAGAAAGAUUGAAGAGUGCAAAGAGAUGAUUAAGAAGGUUGAUAUGGAUGGAGAUGGCAUGGUCAAUUUUAACGAGUUCAAGAGAAUGAUGAUGAAUGGAGGAAAGUUUUUCUUUAACGCAUAAUCCACUACAGGUUCUCUUCAAUUUCUUCUUCAAUUCAGAUCCGCCAUCACUAUUAACACCGAAAAUUCAUCACUCACUUGAAAUUGUGUGUGUGUAUAUGAAUAUGAUGCCCACAUCAUAAUCAUGUAUACGUUUUACAUGGAAUGAAAUACUGUUAUGAAUUCUGAUUUAGUAAGUGUAGAUUCUUAGUUAAUUUUCCAUGUUUCUCUGUAACAUAUGGCUAUUGUUGUGAUCCAUUAAUUCUUUGUCUUUUUGGCAAGGAAUUUAUUUUCUUUAA